AUGGAAACCGUCAAGGAAACCCUCUACAACCUCCCCAAGCCACCGGCUCGCACCCGCACCAAGCCCAUGCAGGUGAUCUGCGUGGGCCUCCCACGUUCCGCCACGGAGAGCCUCGCUGUCGCGCUGCAAAAGCUUGGUCUAACCACGUACCACGGGUGGGACAUCUCCUUCGAAGAGAACGCGGGGUACAUCGAGGCAUGGGCGAAACUAGCGCGGGCGAAGUGGAACGGGAAGGAGGACGGAGAGUUCCGCGUGUCGCGUGGGGAGUUCGACGCCUUGCUGGGGCACUGCGAUGCGGUGGUGGAUACAGCGGCGUCGUUCUUCGCGGCUGAACUAAUGGAGGCGUAUCCGGAGGCGCUGGUGAUCUUGAACACGAGGAAGGAUCUGGAUGCGUGGCAUCGCAGCGCGAUCAAGACUCUGUUGGAGAUUUCAGACAGCUGGUUCCUGUGGAUGAUGCGAGUGUUUUGUGCGGAUCUGUUCUGGCUGUGGGAGCUGUAUGUCACGCAUGGCUAUCCGGGAUUGUUUCGCGGAAAGACGAUGCACUCGGCGAUUGCGAAGAACGGGAAGUGGGUUUAUCGCGAGUAUUGCGCCAUGAUCCGGGGGUUGGUGGCUCCGGAGCGAUUGUUGGAAUGGAGUGUGGAGGAUGGAUGGGAGCCAUUGUGCGAGUUUCUACAGAAAGAUGUGCCUACGGAAGUAUUCCCCAAGACGAAUGAUCCGGCUAAAUUCGCGGGUAAUGUUGAACGAGUGCUCAAGCCACGGUACAUGAGGGCAUUCCGCAACCUGGUGCUUACAGUCACCUCCACGGCUGUCUUGACCACGGCGAUUGUUUUGGGAGUGCGCGGGGGAGGACUAACCUCCAUUCAACUAUGGUCUGUUUAG